GUCACAUGAGCUGAAGACCCGCUUUACAUGCUUGUUUCACUCAGGCACGCCACCUUCUACUGAACAGCCGGCUGGCCCGUAUCCAUUCAUGGUUGACUCAGAUGAUGGGAGAAAGGUGCCAGUUGUACAAGCUUAUGCUUAUGGAAAAUAUCUUGGUUGCCUAAAUGUUCUGUUUGACAAGAAAGGAAAUGUAGUUGAAGCAGCUGGAAACCCCAUUCUGCUGGACAGCAGUGUUCCUGAAGAUGAGCACAUUAAAGAAGAAGUGGAAAAAUGGAGGAAAAACCUGGGGGAUUAUUCUAAAGAGAUUGGAAAAACUAGCGUUUACCUGAAUGGUACAAGCCAAGCGUGCCGUUUCCAAGAAUGUAACAUGGGAAAUUUGCUUUGUGAUGCUGUGCUUUAUGAGAAUGUCGGACGUCCGGAUAAAAAGUCAUGGAACCAUGUUUCAAUGUGCAUCUUGAAUGGAGGUGGGAUACGGUCGCCCAUCGAUGAACAGAGCAGUAACGGUAGCAUCACUAUGGAAGAUUUGCUCUCUGUUUUGCCAUUUGGAGGUCGUUUUGAUUUGGUAAGGGUAAAAGGCUCCACUCUGAAAGAAGCUUUUGAGCACAGUGUGCGCAGAUAUGGAAGAGGAAGCGGAGAGCUGCUGCAGGUUGCAGGCAUCCACGUGGUCUAUGACCUCUCCAGAGCCCCAGGAAGCAGAGUUGUUAGUUUAGAAGUGCUUUGCACAGCCUGCCGCGUCCCAGCCUACGUCCCGCUCCAGAUGGAUGAAAUAUACAAUGUGACUCUUCCGUCCUAUAUGUUGUUUGGAGGAGAUGGCUAUCACAUGCUGAAAGACAAAAAUCUGGGCUACAGUAAAGGUGACCCUGAUACUGAGGUUGUUUCCCGUUACCUCCAGAGAAUGAAGAGAGUUUACCCAGCAGUUGAAGGUCGAAUAAAGUUUUCUUCUGGGAGCCUUCUCGAAGCAAGUCUUACCCUGAUUUCUGUGUUGUUCACUGUAACAGUCUUGCAUACUUGA